ACGACGAUCGGCGGUGGAAGGUUUUCGUUUGAUUUGGAGUGGAAACUUACAUAUGUCGGAUCAGCAGAAGACGAGACUUAUGACGAACUCCUUGAAAGUGUCCUUGUUGGUCCAGUCAACGUUGGGAAUUAUCGCUUCAUUUUCCAGGCAGAUCCCCCAGAUCCAACCAAGAUCCGCGAAGAAGACAUAAUUGGUGUCACUGUGCUACUGUUGACUUGCUCUUAUGUGGGGCAGGAAUUCAUCAGAGUAGGCUACUAUGUGAACAAUGACUAUGACGACGAUCAACUUCGGGAGGAACAACCUCCACGGAUUUUACUUGACAGAGUCCAACGGAACAUCUUGGCUGACAAGCCUCGUGUGACAAAAUUCCCCAUUAACUUUCAUCCCGACCCGAGUGAAAAUGGAGGGCAGCAACAACAGCCAACUACUACCUCACCUGAAAACCAGGCCGUAGAUGAUCCAAGGCUAUGGCCGACACACGAUGAUCUCUGUGACCAUGAUCAAGGCAAUCAAAACCCUCAAUUCUUGUUACAGCAGAGGCUGAGCCAGGAGCAGCAGCAAAAAUCACUGGAGGUGUUGGAGGAUGUGGAAGCGGCAUAUGGCCAUGGAAAUAGGAAUCGUGUGCCAAUGGGUUUGAGACCCGCGGCGGCGGAGAUCCAAAGAAGAAGGGCGGCGACGGAGAUGAUGCGACUUCGUUAGAUUUCCCAUCCUGUUAAUUCAGUGGCACCAGUUACCAUCUUGAUCAUGAAAAGUUUACGAGCUAAGUCACAAAACAAUUCUUUAACCUUGGAAAGAGAAGUGAAGCUCCAUGCCGGGCUGCACCACCGCGGCUUGGUGCACACCACCUUAAUCCUCCGGCCAUCCGACACUGCGGUUGCAUCCAUUUCUUCUCCUCCUUUUGAGGUCAAGAAUCAAGAAGAUGAUGGCCUCUGCUUUGAAUGCAGGAAGAGACGAUGAGAUUGAAAUGGAAUUUAUAGGGAUAAUGUUGUUUGUGCAGGUCUCAAGUUGGUCUGAUCUUAGUGUAGUUGAAGACAGCUGUAUUUGUUCACCUCUUUUCGGUAUUCCUAAGUUCUUUAAUAUGCA